UCAUCAUCCUCCCGGUGCCACCAGGAGCAGGGUUCUCCAGUGGGUGCUGCCGGACCCUGCGUGGGCUGCGGGAGGGAGACCUGUGUGCACCCACGCAGCCAGGCAUCGGCACCGCCUGUGGGCUCUGCUGCCCAGGAGCCCCUGUGGAAAUGCCGGUAACGUGGUUGCACCGCACGCUGGAUUUGUCUAUGGGGAUUAUUUACUGGAGAAGAAUUGCAACGUGCCAGAAUGUAAUUCCUGACAUUUUAGGAAAGGUCAGUGUCUUAAAAGUGCCCAAUAUCUACUUGGAAGAGGAAUCUUGGCUUAAUAUGCAGGAAAGAAACAUGGCUAGGAAAACUCAUUGCCUUACGUGAACGUGGUGUGCAUCUCUGAGCGAGGAGUCUGUCUUCAGAGAGAGCCUGGAGAAUCCGAACUGGUGAACAGACUUCACACAGAAAGGCAGGAUAGCAGGUACAGGGGCAGGUUUGCUCAGCUGUGUGUUGGAAGCUUUUGCUCAAUCCUUUUUAAAACCAGGUGUGAAGAACGGUAUUAAAAUAAUGGAGACACUUCUUCAGGAGCAGUGUGGGUGA